CACGUCACUGUCACCGAAGAGUGGCUCGGGUUUAUCAGCUCCGACCCGAAACCCGACAACAUCCGGUUUGCCUACAUCCCAAACGUCAUCCCUCCCGAGCGUCUCAAAGCAGCCGACUUUCCGGGCUUCUACGAAGCUGUCAUGACCAAGAUGGAAGCUCCGUUUGAGCGGCUGCUCGAUCGGCUCGAGCCUCCGGUAUCAGCUAUCAUAGCUGAUAUUGAGGUUCGGUGGGGUGUUGGGUUUGGGAUUCGGAGGAAUAUUUCGGUGUCUUUGUUUUGGACUAUGUCAGCCACCUUCUUGUCCAUGCUGCAUCGUUUUAAUGUUUUCUCCCAAAACAAGAACAUCCCACUUGAAUUUUUUGAUUGUGGAGAUCAAAUACCAGGGAUUUCUUCUACUGAUUUAGCAGAUCUUGGAAUAGUGUUCAAAGGAAACGACCCAAAAGUCAUGAAGCUUGCUCUGGAAUGCAUUUCAUGGGUUCCAAAAGCACAGUAUCUUCUGUUUACUUCUGUUUAUGAGCUUGAACCUCAAAUCUUCGACUCUUUACAAGCGGAAUUCCCAUUCCCUGUGUACCCAAUUGGUCCCGCCAUACCUUAUUUAGAGCUUGAGCACAAUUGCUCUGCAUCAGCUGCUGACAAUGACAUUGACUAUCUAAAAUGGCUUGAUUCUCAGCCGAAAGGCUCUGUCUUGUACAUCUCGUUGGGCAGUUUUCUUUCAGUUUCGAGCACCCAAAUGGACGAAAUUGCAGCCGGGCUGAGGAAUAGUGGGAUUCAGUACUUGUGGGUUGCUAGGGGGGAGGCUUCUCGGUUGAAAGAGAGUUGCAAUGGUGAAAUGGGGUUGGUGGUGCCAUGGUGUGAGCAACUGAAAGUGUUGUGCCAUUCUUCUGUUGGUGGUUUUUGGACUCAUUGUGGGUGGAACUCCACUCUGGAAGCUGUUUUCGCUGGUGUUCCAAUGCUUACUUUCCCUCUGUUCCUUGAUCAACUGCCCAACAGCAGGCAAAUUGUUGAAGAGUGGAAGAUUGGAAGGAGGGUUAAGACAGAGGUACAAGAUGAGAAAUUGAUGACAAGGGAAGAAAUUGCUGAGCUUGUGAAGAGAUUUAUGGAUCUUGAAAGCAGUGAUGGGAAAGAAAUGCGGAAAAGGGCAAAAGAACGCAGCGAUUUGUGUCAUCGAGCAAUUGCAAAAGGGGGUUCAUCUGAUACAAACCUUGAUAAUUUUAUCAGGGAUAUCGGCAAAGCUGCAACCUUCUAGCGGACUGAUGCUCCUUCCUUUUAGUAAGACACAACUUACUUCUCAAUAUGCAAAUUAGCCCUCAUCCAUGUGUACAACGUUGUAUGUAGAAUAAAUACUACAGGAUCUAAGUAAGUUUCCUUGGUCUUUUUGGUUUUGAAGCAUACGGGUACUUUUUUUACACA